UCCACUUGGCCCGAGACCAGCCUCCUUGAUACGGUGCUUCGGUGCCGGCCCGCGAAAGCUGCCGGGUUCAAGUGGUUCUGCUUGUUAUUAACUAGUUGAGACGAGGUGUUUCACAGACCUUCAUUCGAGCAAUCACAAACCAGCGGUAUGGAAACACUGGUGUCGAUACCUUUCAAACUCUUGGAGGUUCCGAACUUGAAGAUCAAAAAGCCGUCAUGGUUUCAGCAGCCAAGUGCAAUGCAAAUGUUUGCGUUUAUUUUGGUGUCUUAUUUCAUGGUUACAGGCGGGAUCAUCUAUGAUGUCAUCAAUGAACCUCCAAGUAUCGGCUCCACUACUGAUGACCGAGGGCACUCGAAACCAGUCGCGUUCCUACCGUAUCGCGUCAACGGCCAGUACAUCAUGGAGGGCCUGGCGUCGUCCUUCCUCUUCACCAUGGGCGGCCUGGGCUUCAUACUGCUGGACCAAACACACAACCCGGCCACGCCGCGCAGCAACCGCAUGAUGUUGAUCUGCGUCGGCUUCUCCUGCGUGCUGGUCUCGUUUGUCUGCUGCUUCACCUUCAUGCGGAUCAAGCUGCCGUACUACCUACUAUCGUAGAGCUGGCGACCUAGCGGCCAGCUCUGCCAGAGCGCCGCGACGUUGGUGCGAGGCCCAGCACGUGAUAUUGCGUAGGCGGGACACGGGCGGCGUGCCUGUUGUGCGCGCCCGCUCGGAGGACGGGGCAUUGCACAGCGCGAGGGCACCUAUCAUGAACGCGCACAGACCGCCGCAGAUCUGGCUUGCAUGUCGUAGGCGGACUGGAAUGUGAAAUCAGUCCGCUCGUCGGGCAUCGCCGUGCUUGUAUUCCCUGGUUGGCUGUGUGUAAAUACACGCUGCGGAUAAACUCGA